AUGCGGGGGGACCCGGCGGCCGAUCGGCGGGUGCUGCUGCCGCCACCGCCACUGCUGCUGCUACUACUACUGCUGCUGCUGCCCCGCGUCGCGGCGCUGCACCCAAACGAGCUCUUCCUCCACGGAGAGACCUGGGGAGAUCAGCUCCUGCGGGAAGGCGACGAUGAGAGCUCAGCCGCCGUGAGGCUCUCCAUUCCCCUGCGCUUCUACGGAUCCCAGUUCACUGACCUCUACGUGGGCACCAAUGGCAUCAUCUCCACCAAGGACUUCCCCAGGGAGACCCAAUAUGUGGACGAUGAUCUUCCCACCGACUUCCCGGCCAUCGUCCCCUUCCUAGCCGAUAUAGACACGAGUCAGGGCAAAGGCCGCAUCCUGUACCGCGAGGACAUCUCUCCAGCCGUGCUGGAUCUGGCGGCUCGCUAUGUGCGCGCGGGCUUCCCGCACUCCGCGGCGCAUUUUGCCCCCACACAUGCCUUCCUCGUGACCUGGGAGCAAGUGGGUGCUUAUGAGGAGGUCUCAAGAGGGGAGUCGCCCGCAGCAGAGCGGAACACUUUCCAGGCAGUUUUGGCAUCUGACAAGUCUGAUAGCUUUGCCAUCUUUCUUUAUCCUUCCAAUGGCCUUCAGUUCUUUGGAACUCGUCCAAAACAGUCUUACAAUGUCCAACUUGAACUUCCAGCCCGAGUAGGAUUCUCGCGAGGGGAGACUGAUGAUCUGAAGAGAAAAGGAGCAUAUUUCAGAUUGACCACAAAUGAACAGUCUGUAAAAAACCUCUACCAACUAAGCAACGUGGGAAUUCCUGGCGUGUGGGCUUUUCAUAUCGGCAGCACCUUUCCACUGGAAAAUGUCAGGCCAGCCAUCGCUGGAAAGCACCUUUCCCGAGACCACGCUUUGACUUCACUGGACUAUUCCUUCAGCUAUACUGCAGCUCUGGAAAGUGACUAUACUGAAGACAAUCUGGACUAUUAUGAUGAGAAUGAAGAGAAAGCUGAAUACCCCCCGAGUGAACCAGAGGAGACAGGGAAUGGCCACGGCUCUAUUGACGUUUCCUUCCACAUGAAUGCUGGCUCAAGGCCUUCAGGAGGUGAUCUGUCUCCACCAGACUCUGAUGUGGGUACCCCUCAUCCAACACCUAGAUAUUUCAACCCCGAAACACAAUCUAGCACCCAGAAUCAUCAAACUAAAGAGGAGGUACCUCAUGGAAAGACAGAUUUUUCAAGUUUAAGUAGCCAAGUUCAGCCUUCUGAACAUAUAGAAACAAGAAGGCCAGUUUUACCAGAGUUAGGCAGAGAUUCACUGGAUUCCUCCCAGGAAGGCCAACUGACAUACCAUGGAAAUGCACACAUCCAGCCCUACCCCGAUGGAGGGGCAGUGACUUCAGAAAUGGAUGUUCCUCCAGCUCAUCCUGAAGGGGAAGCUGUUCAUUCACAUCGUCUCUCACCAGAUCACACUCCACCACAGAGUGGCCAGAGGUUUGUGUUCGGAGUGGAAGACAUCAGUCCCAACAGUGAGGUCUUCACAUACAAUGGUGCCAGCAAGGAAACCUGCGAACAAAACCACAGACAGUGCUCCCAGCACGCCUUCUGCAGGGACUACAACACUGGCUUCUGCUGCCAUUGCCAGUCCAGGUUUUACGGAAACGGGAAGCACUGUCUGCCAGAAGGGGCACCUGUUCGAGUCAACGGGAAAGUGAGUGGCCACCUCGUCGUAGGCCAAACCCCGGUGCACUUCGCCAACGUGGACCUGCACGCUUACAUCGUGGGAAAUGAUGGCAGAGCCUACACGGCGGUCAGCCACAUCCCGCAGCCUGCGGCACAGGCCCUGCUCCCCGUCAUGCCCAUCGGAGGCCUGUUUGGCUGGCUCUUUGCUUUAGAAAAACCAGGCUCUGAGAAUGGCUUCAGCAUCACUGGUGCUACAUUUACCCAUGACAUGGAUAUUACCUUCCAACCUGGAAAUGAAAAGCUUCAUAUUACUCAGACUGGUGAGGGGCUUGACCCCGAAAACUAUCUGAGCAUUAAGACUGACAUUCAAGGCCAGGUGCCUUAUAUCCCAGCAAAUUUUACGGCCCACAUUGCCCCCUACAGGGAGUUUUACCACUAUUCUGACUCAGUUGUGACUUCUACAAGUUCCAGAAGCUACUCCCUCAUAUUUGGUGCUAUUAACCAAACACAGUCCUACAACAUCCACCAGAAUAUCACGUACCAGACCUGCAGGCAUGCCCCCCGACAACACAUCAUCCCCAACACCCAGCAGCUGAGUGUGGACCGAGUCUUUGCCUUGUACAGUGAUGAAGAAGGAGUGCUGAGAUUUGCUGUGACCAAUCAAAUUGGUCUUGCCGAAGGGGACUCAGACCCAACUCCGGUGAAUCCUUGCUAUGAUGGCAGCCACACAUGUGAUACCACAGCAAAGUGUCAUCCAGGACCAAAUGUAGCCUACACCUGUGAGUGUGCACCUGGGUACCAGGGAGAUGGACGGACUUGUGUGGAUGUAAAUGAAUGUGCAACUGGCUUCCAUCGCUGUGGCCCCAACUCUGUGUGUGUCAACCUGGAGGGAAGCUACAAGUGUGAGUGCCGGAGUGGUUACAUGUUUGCUGAGGACCAGCAUACUUGCAUCUUGAUUGUGCCACCUCCUAACCCCUGUGAAGAUGGCACUCACACCUGCGCUCCGGACGGGCUGGCCCGCUGCAUUCACCAAGGAGGCAGCGCGUACACCUGCGCCUGUCUGCCAGGUUAUGCUGGCACUGGACACCAGUGUUCAGAUAUUGACGAAUGCUUGGACAACAGAUGCCACCCUGCAGCUACCUGCUAUAAUACUCCUGGUUCCUUCUCCUGCCGUUGCCAACCUGGAUAUCAUGGGGAUGGAUUUCAGUGUGUGCCUGAGCCCACCGAGAGGCCCCGAACCGUCUGUGAGCGCUGGAGGGAAAGCUUGCUGGAGCACUAUGGUGGUACAGCCCGUGAUGACCAGUACGUGCCCCAGUGUGACGACCUGGGCCAGUUCAUCCCCCUGCAGUGCCAUGGCAAGAGUGACUUCUGCUGGUGUGUGGACAAGGACGGCAGAGAGGUGGAGGGCACUCGCUCCCAGCCGGGCAUCACCCCUGCAUGUAUACCCACAGUGGCUCCACCCACGGUCCGGCCGACUCCCCGCCCUGAUGUGACGCCUCCCUCUGUGGGCACCUUCCUGCUCUAUGCCCAGGGCCAGCAGAUUGGCUACUUGCCCCUCAAUGGCUCCAGACUUCAGAAGGAUGCUGCCAAGACUCUGUUAUCACUGCAUGGUUCCAUAGUUGUAGGGAUUGACUAUGACUGCCGGGAAAGAAUAGUGUACUGGACAGAUGUUGCUGGACGAACAAUCAACCGUGCCAGUCUGGAACCAGGAGCAGAGCCAGAAACCAUCAUUAACACAGGUCUGAUAAGCCCUGAAGGACUUGCCAUCGACCACUACCGUCGAACCAUGUACUGGACAGACAGCGGCCUGGAUAAGAUAGAAAGCGCCAAGCUGGACGGCUCUGAGCGCCGGGUCCUCUUCCACACGGACCUGGUGAAUCCCCGAGCCAUCACUGUGGAUCCAAUCAGAGGCAACUUGUACUGGACGGACUGGAACCGAGAAGCUCCUAAAAUUGAGGUGUCUACAUUAAAUGGAGAAAACAGGAGAAUUCUAGUGAACAAAGACAUUGGGCUACCUAAUGGCUUAACAUUUGACCCCUUCUCCAAACUGCUCUGUUGGGCAGAUGCAGGAACCAAAAAACUGGAGUGCACAUUACCUGAUGGAACUGGGCGACGUGUCAUUCAAAAUAAUCUCAACUACCCCUUCAGCAUUAUUAGUUACGCUGACCACUUCUACCACACAGACUGGCGGAGGGAUGGUAUUAUAUCAGUAAAUAAAGAGAGUGGUCAGUUUACCGACGAGUAUCUUCCAGAGCAGAGAUCACAUCUCUAUGGAAUAACUGCAGUCUAUCCCUACUGCCCAGCAGAAUGCCACCUGGAACUGAAAUAG